CACUUGGCAUACAUACAGACAAAUAUUUUCCAACGUAUUGAAUAUUUAAUGCAUUUGCCCCAGGCGCAUUCUAUGCAUGUGUCGCUGCUGCGGGUUUCUGCCGCCAAUGACGCCGGCCUUGGCAGUAGCGCUUCGUGCGCUGUGUUAGUUGACAAGCUGCAGCAACAAUAGUGCCCCGAACAACAACAGCAGCAACAACAACAUCAACAUCAACAACAAAAGUAGUAGAAACAAUAAUGGCCAGUGGCAAUAACGAUACGAUGCCGCUCUAUUGCGGCAGCGGCAUGGACAAUUUUCAUACCAGCUAUAAGAACAUGCAUGGCUAUGUAUCACUGGUGGUCUGCCUGCUGGGCACCUUGGCGAACACUUUGAACAUCAUUGUGCUGACGCGUCGGGAGAUGAUUUCACCCACGAAUGCUAUACUCACCGGACUAGCGGUGGCCGACCUGGCUGUGAUGCUGGAGUACAUACCCUACACAGUGCACGACUUCAUACUGGGCAGUAGCUUGCCGUGGGAGACGCGUCUCGGCUACAACUGGGCCUGCUUCAUUAUGUUUCACUCGAUCUUUGCGCAGGUGCUGCAUACGAUAUCCAUUUGGUUGACGGUUACGCUGGCUGUGUGGCGUUAUAUAGCCGUGGGCUAUCCGCAAAAGAAUCGCGUGUGGUGCGGCAUGCGCACCACCAUUAUAACAAUUAUAACAGCGUAUGUGGUAUGUGCGCUGGUGGUGUCGCCAUCGCUGUAUCUCAUCUUUUCCAUCACAGAGUGGUUGGAUAAACUGGAUGCCCAAGAUCACAUUAUCAGCAGAACGCCCAUGUCGCAGUUUAUUAUUGACUUUAACAAGGAAAAGCUAAGCAAAGCCAAAGAGGCAGAGAAUGCCACUGUAAGUGUUGUGCAAAAUGCCACGCAGUGGCUUAAUGCAAGCAGCUUAGCCAACACCACCAGCACCAGCACCAGCACCACCACAGCAACUCCGAUUGUAGCGCGCAAUGUCACCGUCUACUUGCUUUAUCACAGCGAUAUGGCAAUGCGCAAUGACUGGCUGCAGAAUGCUUCGUUUCUGAUUUACAGCGUGCUGAUCAAGCUGAUACCUUGCAUAGCGUUGACCAUACUCUCGGUGCGGCUCAUCAUGGCGCUGCUGGAGGCGAAGCGACGCCGCAAGAAGCUCACCAGCAAGCCCGCGCCGGCGGCGGCGGCAGCGGCCAGCAAUGGCAGCAAGGUAUUGCCCAAUGGCAAGGCAGCGGAGCGGCCGCGCAAGAACAGCAAAACGCUGGAGAAGGAAAAGCAAACGGAUCGCACCACACGCAUGCUGCUGGCGGUGCUGCUGCUGUUUCUCAUCACGGAGUUUCCACAGGGCAUUAUGGGACUGCUGAGCAGCGUGCUGGGCGACGCCUUCUUCAAGCAGUGCUAUUUGAGACUGAGUGACCUUAUGGAUGUGCUGGCCUUGAUAAACUCGAGCAUCAACUUUAUACUCUACUGCUCGAUGAGCAAACAGUUUCGCAGUACAUUCACGCUGCUGUUUCGUCCGAAGUUUCUGGACAAAUGGCUGCCUGUGGCGCAGGAUGAGCUGACAGCCAACAGGGCGGAUGGACUGCAGCGCUCGGUGGCAGCGACGCAGCUGGAGAAGAGCCAAGCAACGCCCAAGCGGCCGCAGGUGUUGGCAUUGGCCAGCAUGGCAAAUACGCAAGCAACAACCACAACAACAACGACAACCAAUGGCACGCAGGUAACGAAUCUGUAGCACAAAAAUCAGCUACCAUGCUGCCACCAUCCCAGGCCGCCACUUGAGCGACUCCACUCCAGCCAUAAAGCCAGCGGCGAAGCGGCGCCAAAUAAACUGCUCAAUCGUCUGCUGGGCAGCCUAAGGCGACGCAACGAAAGCGACAGCGACUCCCCUGGCGCUGAGCCGACGUUUCAAGCCAUGGUUGUGGUGGUGGACGUGGCAAGUGGUGCGACAGAUCAUCAGCUGUGUGGGCAGCUUACAUAGUAAGCGCAACUAACUACGAACUAAGUAUAUACAUAAAUACAUAUAUUUAUACAGAUUUUGUUUUAUACUUGCAAAUGAAAUAAUAAGCGCAUAUGGUCCAAGUUAUAAACACACACACACACACACACACACGCACACAUGCGUAUGCAUGUAUUUGCAUAUUGUGCGCUGUUAGGCAACUGUAAUAUAACAAUAAAAAUAAAUGCGCGUCACUCAUACGCACCAUUGGCUUGCGAAUAUGCCAUGCGCAGCUUUUCACAAUGCAUUGCAAAGCACAAAACAAAACGAAGCAGCAACAAAAUGCAUGUUGCAAACACUCUUACUUGUAUAUACAUAUGGUAUUUAUAUGCAAGUGCCACGCCUCAUAAAAACGUGCUAUGUUGCAUGCAAAUGCU